AUGUGGCUACACUCGAGCGUGGUUGCCGGCAGCGUGGUCUUUCUGUCAAAGGUGGCCGCCAACAGUUGUUACAUCGACUUUGCCUUUUCGAAGCCUACUGGCCCCCCCGACGAUACCCUUCAGAGUCCUGAGCCGAAGAUGGUGAAGGACCUUGGGGUUGAUGGCAAGGUUGAAGCAGGUCUGGAUGGUGAGUUCUGCGACUGUGGAGUGGAAGAACCGAGGCCUCUAGGACUCCGUGUGGUGCUUCUACCAGAGUGGCAAAGUGGUUCAAGUUCGUCAAAGGAACCGAUCCACACACAACAAGCUCCUCAGCCAAAGAAAGCGAAGAAGGAGCCAAGGGAGCAAGCAAAAGAGGAUGCGACAAAAUCAAUGGACAAGGUGCAGUCAUCAGAAGUUACUCGCCGCGAGCGCUUGCGGCAAGUGGAGGCGGAAGUGGAGCGGUAUCGUCAGCAGCUUGAAAAAGCUUGUGAGCAGCCUGAGGUUCUCCAGAUGAAGUGCGACAGGAGGCGCAUGGAGCUCUUAGAGGCUGCAGCUCAUCAGGAAUCCUGGAGCGAAAGAACGCACGAAUCAGCAGAGUCGGGAGGUGACACUGUGAGCACAGGCGGCCCAGAGGAAGCAGCACAAGCCAUGGAAGACAAACCAAGAGAGGAUGCUAAGUCAGGGAAGGAAAAGGAAGAGGUGACGGUGAGAGCCCUCCCCAAAGAUGCCAAGGAUUCAAAGAAGGAGGACAGAUCCAAGGUAAAGCAGAAAGUGCAAGAAAAGGAGAAGGAUAAAGACAAAGACAAAGAUAAAGACAGAGAGAAAGAUAAGGAAAAGGGUAAGGAGAUGGAGAAGGAACGAAACAAAGAAAAGGAUGGAGAAAAGGACAAGGAAAGGGAGAAAGAAAAGGUGGCCGACAAGGAGAAAGAAAAGGAGAAGGGAAAGGAGGGUAAGGACAAGACGGAGAAGACCAAGGAUAAAGAGUCAAAAGAGAAAGAAAAGGAAAAAGAGAGGGACAAAAAGGCCAAGGACGAGAAGGACAAAGACAAAGAUAAAGGAAGAGCUAAGGACGAGAAGGAGAAGGAGCGCAGGAAGAGGAGUCGUGAUCGUGAUCGCAGUUCCUCGCAGAGGAAAAGGAAAGCAAGCCCUGGGCGUGCACAGAAGAAGCGGUGGCCCUGCAUUUGUGUGGUACGCCAGUUGCACCUUUGCUGUACCCAAGCCAGAAGUGGCUCGAAUCAAGGAAUGACGAGAUUUACCAGUACGCAGAAGACGCACCUGAUGGACACAUUACCCACUACAGCGUCAAGACGUAUGGAGGGCGCGAGGGAUCGGAGAGAGCAACCUUUUCAAAGGAAUUGCUUUUCAGACGACAAAGGUAAGAGCUGGCUCGAAGCAAGCUGCAGAGGAUAAAGAAGGACGUACUGAAAUUCCGCGACGAGUGCUAUGAAAAGGUUCACUACCAAAUCCGAAAGCGGGCAAAACGGCCCAGACGCAGUGUCAAUGACAACUUACAGCUGACGCUGGCUGGAAUGAGGCACAAUGUAGGCUGGCACUUUGGGCAUCGAAGGAAUACACAUCUACAAACAUUGGUUUCAUAUGGUUUCAUUAUGUUGGAAGCCAUCGCUACUAGGUUGGAGGCCAUCGCUAUUAGGUUUCUUUAUUUUCUGUAUGUUCCUCAUGUUUUUGGUUGCUCUUGUUGCGGCAGUUCCACGAACAUGGACCCUUUUGACGUGAUCGCCAAAGAACAUUUUCACACCAGAAUCUGUUCUGAGGGUGCAGGCUGUCGGUGGUGAAGGUGGAACGAAACGACAGGUAGAAGAUGCAUGCGGCAGAUUUGCACAAUAUGAUAUGAACCAGUAGUGUUGCAAAAUGUUGCAAAGUCAUGCCUAUUACUGUAACAGCAUGAACAAUGUAUAACUGUAUAUGCACAUAUAUUUUCGGAGGGCUGGCCACUGUGAGCGCGCAGUUGUUGACUUCUCUUCACAGCUCGUGAUGAAUUGCUUGUUCUCCAAAACUAUUUGUGGCAUUUUGUUCAAUGCAAAGUUAGGAUGGUGAAUGCAAUCAUUUGUUGCUGAAUCAAGAUCGAUGCGAGACACGUUUAUUUUCGUUUAUAUAGCUUAUAUGUAGAUUUUUUGGAGAUGCAGGUGUGGAGGAAAGGGAACAGAUGGCAGGGAACAGGCAUGUUUUCGGUUUCGGCGUAGCCCUUUCGAAGCCCUUCCUGUUCUCAGUUUGCUUUCUCCGUGCGUCAGUAGUUUUUUGAGUUUCUUUCCUCAGCUCUUGCAAAGUCCUAUGAAAUGGCUCUUACUGAACAUUUAGAAGGCCAAUAAGAAGGAGAAAGGAAGGCUACACAGCCAUUGAGAAUAUAAAGGUGGCGAGAGUCUAGCCGUCAGUAGGUUGAUAGAUAGGACAGGUCUAGAAUCCGGUGCUGUAAAGUGGCACCAGGGUCGUGACCUGCCUUUCAUGUGCGUUGGGAAGUCUAGUGCACGAUGAAGCAUACCUCAAUCGCGAAUUCGCUUUGUGCCUUUGGAUGGUUCUCUUCAGACAUCCUCCAAAGUUCAGCAGAAAGGCGACAUUUCUUCGCCCAAAUUGCCAAAUUGAAAGCGAGCAGG